CCCCGCCCCUUGGGCGCGCGUGCUUCGGAGGCGAGCACGCGCGCGGGGGCGUGCACGCGCCGCCGGCUUUUCUCGCGAGAGCGGGCGGCGGCGCUCGCGCCGAUUUUGAAGCUGGGGGCGGUUGGCGGGGAGCGCGCGGUGCCGUCAAGCGCUGAGGGGAGCUCUGAGGGAAGCCUGAGGCGCAGCCCAGCCGCCUCUGGUGCCCUCCUGCCGCCUCUCCGGUCGUUAGAGCCCGGGGUGGGGACCGUGAAGGGAGGUCGGGGCCGGGGCCGCGGCCGCAGCCAUGGGAGUGGCAAAGAAGUCUUUGGAAGUGAAGGAAGCCUUUCGGCUGGCGCAGAAGCCGCACCAGAACCACGCCAAGCUCGUCGUGGCUUUGAGGAGCGCCUACAGCCAGUUGGAAGAUAAAGCAGAUUUCCAUGAAAAAUUCAUUCAUUUCCUUAAGUAUGCUAUGAUAGUCUACAAACGGGAACCAGCAGUGGAGCAGCUGAUCAAUUUUGUGGCUAAAUUUGUUACUUCAUUUUAUCAACCGGAGGAAGGGGAGAGUAGCGAGGAAAGAGAAGAAGAUAACUUGCUUCUGAAUUAUGUGUUUAACUUUCUGCUUGAGUCUCACAAUGCAAACAGCCAUGCAGUUAGGUUUCGAACGUGCCAGCUUGUUAAUAAGCUUUUGGGAAGUAUGCCAGAGAAUGCUCAGAUUGACGAUGAUUUAUUUGAUAAAAUUAAUGAAGCUAUGAUGAUUAGACUUAAAGAUAAAUUUUCGGAUGUGAGAAUUCAAGCUGUCUUGGCCCUGUCGAGACUUCAAGACCCUAAGGAUGAAAACUGUCCUGUUGCUAAUAUUUACAACACACUGCUUGAAAAUGAUUUGAAUUCAGAAGUGAGACGUGCAGUGCUGUCAUGUAUUGCUCCAUCAGCAAGGACUUUGCCAAAAAUUGUAGGCCGCGCUAUGGAUGUAAAGGAAGCUGUCAGGAAGCUGGCAUAUGAGGUUUUGGCAGAAAAAGUUCAUGUGAGAGCUCUCUCGAUAGCACAGAGAGUAAAAUUGUUGCAACAGGGACUUAAUGACAGAUCUGAUGCUGUUAAGGAAGUAAUGAAGAAGAAAUUGCUUCGAGCCUGGUUACAGUUUACUGAAGGGGAUGUUUUAGAAUUGCUUCAUCGACUGGAUGUGGAAAACUGCCCAGAAGUGGCCAUUCUAGUACUGAAUGCUGUGUUUUCAUUAAUUCCACUUAGUGACAAUGUUCAGAACUGUAAAAACCUUGACAGCAGAAAAGUGAUUCCAUUGGAAGACUUAACAGCUGAGAAUGUGUUAUACUGGAGAUGUCUUUGUGAACAUCUGAAAUCAAAAGCUGAGGAAGGUGAAGAUUUGCUAGAACAGAUAUUGCCAGAACCAGCAGUAUAUGCAGAUUAUUUAUUAAGUUACCUUCAAAAUAUGCCGGUUCUUAGUGAAGAACAAAAAGAAGACUUCACUUGUUUCGAAAACCUGAUGACAAAAGAAUUUAUAGGCCAGCAACUGACUCAUAUUAUAGGCUGCAUGGAUACCACCGAAGAGGGAGGAAGAAAGCAUCUGUUACUUGUUUUACAAAGGAUUCUCGUUCUGCCUGCCACUUCAACGGCCCUUGUGCCUCUGCUUGUGGAAAGAUUACUUAGUAUCAUUAAGGAUGAUGACAGAAGGAUUCAAAUUAUCGCAGAAAUCACCUCAGAGGUUCGUGAGCCGAUUGCUACUGUUGACCAGCCUCUUGAUGCUUCUGAAAUAAGAAAGCGAGAGGUUAAGUUGGCUCAAAUAAAAGUGAAACUUUUUGAAGCAAAAACGGCUUUGGAAGAAUGCAUUUCUCUUCAGGAUUUUAAUAGAGCAUCUGUAUUAAAAGAGAAAAUAACUGAGUUGGAACACACAAAAGCCGAUCUGAUAAAAGAAGCAGAGCAACCUGAAAUUAAAGAAACGCGUGUGGAAAAGAAUGAUCCUGAAACACUGUUGAAGUGUUUGUUGAUGUGUUAUGAGCUUCUCAAGAUGAUAUCGCUUUCUAAAGGAAUUGGUCCAACCAUUAAUGAACUAAUUGAAUCCAUGAUACUUCCUGGCAUAGCGAAUGUCCAUCCAGCUGUGAGAAACAUGGCGGUUCUGUGUUUGGGUUGUUGUGCUCUUCAGAGCAAAGAAUUUGCCCGACAACACUUUGCAUUGCUGUUACAGGUUUUACAAAUAGAUAAUAUAAAGAUAAAGCUCAGUGCUUUAAAGGCGGUCUUUGAUCAGCUGGUGCUGUUUGGGAUUGAGCCUUUCAAAGCCAGACCAGGCAAUGAGUCUCAAAGUGAAGAUGUACAAACUGGAACUGAAAAUUGUGAGGAAGAAAGUAAAACAACAGAGAAGGAAGAAGAGACUGCUACGAUUCAGAGCUUCUUACAGCUUCUUUCUAGUUUUUUAGACAGCGAGUUUUCAGAACUUAGGACAGAAACUGCAGAAGGCAUAGCCAAACUGAUGUUCUCUGGGAGGCUGAUUAGUGCCAAACUUCUUUCUCGUCUUGUUUUGUUGUGGUAUAAUCCUGUGACUGAAGAGGAUACUCAGCUUAGGCAUUGUCUGGGAGUUUUCUUCCCGUUAUAUGCUUAUGCAAAUAGGUCUAACCAGGAAUGCUUUGAGGAAGCUUAUCUUCCAACUCUGCGAACGCUGUUAAAUGCUCCUGCAACUUCCCCUUUGGCUGAAGUAGACAUCAGUAAUGUUUCUGAACUAUUAGUGGACCUGACCAGACCAAGUGGACUGAACCCUCGGGUCAAAAAGUCUCUAGACUAUCAGGACUUCACAGUGCAUGAUAGUUUAGCACUGAAAAUUUGCAAUGAAAUCUUGACGGACCCAACUGCACCAGAUGUUCGUAUUUAUGCAAAAGCUUUAAGUAUGUUAGAACUCAGUAGUUCUUCCACAGAGAAUCUUCUGAUUCUGCUUGAUGAGAUUCUAGAGAAAGUGAAAGAUAAAUUGUGUCAAAGAGCUAUUGAGAAGAUCAAGGUGAACCUGACCAAAGGCGCUAAUGCGAGCAAAAGCCACUCUGAACAGACAGAGGAAACAGGCCUCGCUGAAGGGACGCAGGAAACUGGCACUGCGUUAUCUGCAAACACUCUUCAAAAUGAAGAAGAAAAUACCAAAGAUACUCUUCAUACUCCAGUUGAUGAAGCUAAAAGUAAAGCUACUACAAAAUUGAAAUCCACGAGAAACAAAACUGGCAGAGGACAACGAAAAGCAGCAGAAGCGAGGUCUGUGAGCAGAAGAAAAACUGGCACAACUGCAAAAUCUGGUAGUGAAAGUGGUGAUGAAAUUCCAGAAUCAGUCCCAGUGCCCAGUUCAAGGCCUUCAAGACGAGCAAAAACAUUGGCGCUUGAAAAAACAAGAAUGAAUCUUUCAAGCCUUUUGAGUGGGGAAGCAGAUGAAUGAAGACAAAAUGAGAAAAAAUGUCCUUUGGUAAUGCUAGUAGUUAACAGCAGACUUGAAAAAGUAAGAUCUAUUUUGUUGUUAGUCUCAUUUAUUUCUUUCAAUAUUGAAUCUUUUAUAAUUCCAGAUUUUUAUAGGAACUUUUUUAAAAAAGGUGCUUUUGUUUAUUUUCGCCAUGUGAAGUACAUCAUUCUUGUAAUAAAAUGACAUUAAAAUAUUGCC